CGCCAGGCCGCGCCAUUUUGCAGAGGCGUGCGUGGAGUUUUUGUGAGGUGGUGUUGGUCGUGCAUGUAUGUUUGAUUCUGUGCUCGUGUCCCGGCGCCGCUGACUGUCCGUAAACGAGCGACGUCUACACCUCCCGGCCUCUGGGUCACGGAACAGGUGCGUCCCGACGUGUUGGUGACUUUCUUUUUCCGUGUCCGUUGUGUGUGCGAGCUUCGGGCGGCAAGAACAACGAGCCAAGAUGGCUCCCACGGCAGAUAACGUAGGCCUAACGACGAAGAAAACCAUGUCGGAGCUUCGUGUAAUAGACUUGCGCAGCGAGCUCGAAAAGCGUGGACUAGACAAGACGGGCGUGAAGGCGGCGCUCAUCGAACGACUGACGCAUGCGCUGCAGGACGAAGGCGAGGACGCGGAGACGUUCGAGUUCGAGGUGCCCGCUGAGCCGACGCCGGUGAAGCCGGCCGCCACGCCGUCAGCAGCUAGCGGCGGGUCGGCGAAGAAGACCGUCACCAAGCGCGUCAACAAGAAGUUAGCCCACGAUGCCGAGUCUGAGACGCAGAGCAACGACGACGCUCACGAAGGGGGCGAGUCCGAGGAAGAGGACGAGCCCGAGAUCGAGACGCUUGACGAGGAAGAGGAGGACGAGGCCGAAUGCGGCGAGGAGAAGUUGAACAAUGGCGAAGCCGACCCCAAAGAGGACGGCGAAGAGGCCGGCGGCGACGCCAAGGCCGAUAAAAAGAGCGCCGCGAAAGAUUCGGCUUCUAAGGAAGACGAAGACGCUAGUCACGAGGCCGAGCAGGCCUUGAUCGUUCACGCCGACGAUAACCACGACUUGGACGCGGACAUUGAAGAAGAGAACCAAGCCGCGAAAGAAAGUGCGACGGAGACGUCGAAACCCGCCGCGGCUGCCAAGACUCCUGCUGCGAAAAAGGCGGCGGCGGAGGCCAAGAAGGAAGCCGCCGAAGGCGGCAAAGCCGAGCCCAAGAAGGCCGCUACGCCUAAGACCAAGGCAGCCGGCAAGGCGGUGAAGACUACUCCCAAGGCCCCCGCCGAGCCCGUGCGCAACUUGUGGGUGAGCGGGCUGGCGAACACCACUCGGGCGGCCGACUUGAAGGCCCUGUUCGGCAAGCACGGCAAGGUAGUGUCGGCAAAGAUCGUCACGAACGCCAAGACCCCAGGCGCCCGCUGUUACGGCUUCAUGACCAUGAGCACGGCCGAGGAAGCGAACAAGUGUAUCCAGCACUUGCACCGCACCGAGCUUCACGGCAAGAUGAUCUCGGUCGAGUGCACGAAGCACGAGCCCGGCGGUGCCCUGCGCAAAUCCGAGGCGAAGACGGGAGCUGCCGCAACGGCAGCCACGAAGGCCGCAGCCGCUGCCAAGGAAGGCAAAGAGCCUGCUGUGAAGGCAAAGCCGGCGGCUGCGAAGGCGGCCGCCAAGACUAAAGCGGCAGCCGAAAAGAAGGCCGCUGCGGACGCUAAAGAAAAAGAGGACAAGGGCGAGAAGGCCGAGGAAGAAGAGGCUGCGGAGGAAGCGGCCGAGGAAAAGGAAGGUGACGAAGAGGAGGAAGGCGAUGGCGACGAGGAAGACAAGGGAAAAGACAGGAAGCACAGGGACGACAAGGAGCGCAGGCGAAGCCGGAGCCACUCGCGAGAGCGUUUCGCGCGCCGCCGUUUCUUCCGACCUUUCAUCCGAGGCUUCCGGGCAGUGCGCGGCUUCAGACGUCCCUUCGUCAGGCGGCCCUUCUUCCGAGGACCUUUCAGGGGCCGCAUGGGAUCGGACUACCGCGAGUCGCGAGAGCCCUUCAGGCGCAACGAAGACGCCGGCUCGUUCCGCCAGCGCGAGCUGGAACGCCGGCAGCGCGAAGAGGCUUUCCGCAUCGAGCGCGAGAGGGAGCGCCUGCGCGUGGAACGCGAGAAGCUGGAACGCGAGCGGCUGGAACUCCUGCGGCUCGAGCGCGAGAAGCAGCGACUCGAGCGGGAACGCAUCCAGCGCGAGCGCGAAGAACUGCGCCAGCGAAAGAUCGGGCGCGCCGCCGAAUUUGCCGGUGGCGCUGCCGACGCCCUCAUGCGGCGCCCGGUAAAGAGACCGUACGACGAGGAUCCCGGAGUGCUUGGAGGCGGUCCUGCCCGCGGCAUGGACUCUGCCGGCGGGGACGCCUUCUGGAGAGACCGCAAGAGGCCCCACUUGGGUGGGGGUCCCGGAGGACGAGACUAUGACCGUGGCACAGACAGAGACGACCGGCGCUUUGAGCGGCCCGGUGGUGACUUUGGCGGUGACCGGGAGUUUCGUGGCCGGGCACCCCGAGACCGUGUGCCCCGCGAGUCGCCCCCAGUGCGACGUAUGGAGCCCCGUUUUCAGUCUAAAGAAGGCUUCUCGGGUGGAGCAGCGUACGGUAGCGGAGGGGCCCGCUUUGGAGGCGGGCCCCCAGCGGCUGGCGGCGAUUGGGGCUCCGGGGGUCGCGGAGCUGGCUACUCAUCGUCCGGCGUUGGCGGUUCGUGGAACGCUGACGGCCGCAAGCCCGACUCGGGCCACCAGUCUUGGUCCUCGCAGCCGGACCGCUGGUCUGCAGGAGGCGUUGGAGCACGCGGUGGCGGCAUAGGUGGCAGUUCUAUGGGUCAGGGAUCGCAAGGUUACAACUCUGGAGCCGGCGGCUCCGGUAUGAUGGCCCACUCUGGUAUGGGCAGCGGUGGAAGCUUCGGUGGCGCUGGAAAUCGGUACAUGGGAGGAGGUGGCGGUGUCAGGCGGUACUGAAGAGAGAACCGACCCCAGCAUGAUGAUGAGACUCGCGGUAUUUACCCCCCCAUUCUGUCACCGCAAACCCUAGCAGCAAGCAUGUCGGUCAAUCAGAAUUGUGAAAAACCCGCCAUCUGUAUUGUUUAACUUUCUUUUGUUUGUCAUUUGUUGAGGCGCUGCCAAGCUUGUGUGAGCGACAUUGAGAAGGAAGCUGAACGGAGAGAAAAAAUGAUGUAGGAUUGAGAAAAAAAAAUCUACUUGCGUGUGCCCCAUUCAGUCUUGACAACUGUUGGAAUGUAUACGUUGCUGCGCUUGCACACCAGUUGAAAUUCAAGAUGUUUCGAGACGAAACAUGAUUGUAGUUAAUGAAACUCUCCUUGCGCCCGCCCUGAUUUUGACACCUGUUGGAAUGUAUGCAUUGCUUCGCUUGCACAAUCGGUUCAUAUUCAAGAUGUUUCGAGACAAAAGUAUGUUUCAUUCACUUUGUGUAUCGACUUGUACCGCGUCUGACAAAAAUGUUUGUUCCCCGAAUGAGGCAAUGUGCUGUCGCAAAUGGAAGAUGUGUCUGGGCAGAGAUGGAAUCGCAUGCCUCGUGUCGUUUCUCUGGCAAUUCUGGCUGUCAAGUUCAAACAGGAGUUUUUUAAAAAAUCAGCCAUUACAUUUCAAAAUGUAUCAAAUACCCAAGGCAGAGAGAUUUCCGAUGCCCAAAGGCGGUUGAAGAGUUGGGCAACACAAAAGUGUCAACCAAAGGUUCUCAACGUUUUUCGUGUGCAGGAAAGAAAUAUCUCAAGAAUCGUUUGGUGCAUCUUCAAUAUUGUAUAAGCUCCUGACCCGAGAGAAAUAUGCAAAUUCGGUAAUGUGAAAAAAUGUUUUCUAGAAAGCAUUGUACGAGACGCGGCACCUCGGAAGUCAACACAUUUCGUCACUGCUCUCAGCGUUUGUGGAAUGCUCGCGCACUUUUCUUUCCUGCGUCUUUUCACCUGCAUCGUCUCACGUUUUGACAAAGAAAGGAUUGUCGGAGUGUCUGCAUUGCAAACCUCCUCCAUUAGCAUUUUUUUUUUAGAUCUCCAUGUUUUCUUUCAGCGUCCACACACUGGUAAUGGUUGUGUUGUUUCCCAAUUGUUUGCAUUGCCAUUGCCUCAUUUCCAUAUCGCUGGUGUGCUGAAACAGCAAAGGCAUUUUGCAUCACUCCGUACCCACCUAUUUGGUGCACUGCACGUUUCCACUUCCAUAAACUGAAAUUCCAGAAUCAUUUUUGCAUCAUUUAAAAAAAAAUGCCUUUGCCGUCAUGUGUCACAGUUGUGUGCCAUUCACUUGUUGUUCGCGUUUUGUUUUUCUAAAUAAACAUUGUGCGAGUCGAGCCAGAUUUUCAUUUGCUUGUACAUUAGCGCUUGCUGCAAGUUGUGCGUAGUUUAACCCGUGCGGUGUAUAAAGUCCUUAGCAUUGUUUAGUAGUGGCAGUUAACUGCCGCGAAAGGACCUGAUUAAGGGCAUUAGUAUUAACAUAGCCUUGUGUAAUGAUUGGGAAAGGGGGAGGGGACAUUUCAUUCGAGUGCAGUGCUAUUAAUUCCUCAUGAGUUUCAUUUUCAGCUACCAGUGCUCGUGCGUUCCAGGGCCGGACCUCCCAUCUACUGGCAGAUCCUGAAUAAAUAAUUGUUCUU